AUGAAUCCUGCCGUCUUCCCAGCCUUCCCCGACUUGAGAUGCUCCCUGCUGCUCCUGAUAACUUGGGUUUUUACUCCUGUAACAACUGAAAUAACAAGUCUUGAUACAGAGAAUAUAGAUGACAUUUUAAGAAAUGCUGAUGUUGCUUUAGUAAAUUUUUAUGCUGACUGGUGUCGUUUCAGCCAGAUGUUGCAUCCAAUAUUUGAGGAAGCUUCCAAUGUUAUUAAGGAAGAAUAUCCAAGUGAAAAUCAAGUAGUGUUUGCCAGAGUUGAUUGUGAUCAGCACUCUGAGAUAGCCCAGAGAUAUAGGAUAAGCAAAUACCCAACCCUCAAAUUGUUUCGUAAUGGGAUGAUGAUGAAGAGAGAAUACAGGGGCCAGCGGUCAGUGAAAGCACUUGCAGAUUACAUCAGGCAACAAAAAAGUGACCCUGUUCAAGAACUGCAUGAUUUAGUAGAAAUCACCACUCUUGAUCGCAGCAAAAGAAAUAUUAUUGGCUAUUUUGAGCAGAUGGAUUCAGAACACUAUAGAGUUUUUCAAAAAGUAGCGAAUAUUUUGCACGAUGAUUGUGCCUUCUUUUCUGCAUUCGGGACUGUUUCAAAACCAGAAAGAUUUAGUGGAGACAAUAUAAUCUACAAACCACCAGGGCAUUCUGCUCCAGAUAUGGUAUACUUGGGCUCUAUGACAAAUUUUGAUGGGGUUUACAAUUGGAUUCAAGAUAAAUGUGUUCCUCUUGUCCGAGAAAUAACAUUUGAAAAUGGAGAGGAAUUGACAGAAGAAGGACUGCCUUUCCUAAUACUUUUCCACAUGAAAGAAGAUACAGAAAGUUUAGAAAUAUUCCAGAAUGAAGUAGCCCGACAAUUAAUAAGUGAAAAAGGUGCAAUAAACUUCUUACAUGCUGACUGUGACAAAUUUAGACAUCCUCUUCUGCACAUACAGAAAACCCCAGCAGAUUGCCCUGUAAUAGCUAUUGAUAGUUUUCGACAUAUGUAUGUGUUUGAAAACUUCAAGGAUAUAUUAAUUCCUGGGAAACUCAAGCAGUUUGUAUUUGACUUACAUUCUGGAAAACUUCACAGGGAAUUCCAUCACGGUCCUGACCCAACUGACACAGCCCAAGGACAGGACACCCAGGAUGUAGCGAGUAGUCCCCCCGAGAGCUCUUUCCAGAAACUAGCACCCAGCGAAUAUAGGUAUACUUUAUUGAGAGAUCGAGAUGAGCUUUAA